GGCACAACUCUGAUCUCACUCAUCUUUUGAUUCCUCUGGGAGGGCUGAGGUCUGAUGGCUUCUACUCCAAGGGGACAGGAGUGAAAGAGAGCUGUGGGUGGGGUCCCAGAGCCCCUGGGAACCAGAGGGGAGGCUGGCUUGAGCUGUUCCCUAGCGACCCAUCCCCACCACAGUCCCGCCUCCCUCCGCUUCCCCUUCUCCAUAUCCACCCCUUCUGACCACCACCAGCAGGCCCAGAAGAGGAGGGGUGUUAGCGAGCCGCUCACACAUCGGCCUCAGUCCUCAGUCCACUUGCACAAGGGCGUGGAGGGCUGGGCUGGACUGUGUCCAGGCUCUUUGCGAGAAGAGUGGCAGUGGGAAGAAGAGACUCACACAAACCCCGUGUUCCACCUGCUGGAUGAGCAGGCCUGCCACUGCCAGGAUGGCCACACAGGAGUCAGCGCCGGGGUGGGAUUCCCCCCUGGUGGAAAGGGGCAGGCAUAGGGCCCAGACCCAAAGCAGGGUGCCUUGGGAGGACAGUGUGGAAGUGACGGCCAGGCCUCUGGCUCUGUGGCCCAACUGCUUCCGCCCAUACCACGUCUUCUAUGGUGGGAACCUGGCUGGACCCAAUGCAGGAUUUCUGGGAGCCCACGCCCUUUCCCUCUUUCAGGAUGCGGCUGGCCUCUCCGCGUGUCAUCUGGCCUGGGUCGCACCUGGGAGGCCCUGCCUACCUUCCCCAGGUCCAGCUGCAACAUCUGGGGCCCAGGAGGGCAGAGCUGGAAGCGCCAGUUCCAGAGCUCCUGCCGGCUCUAGAGCCAGAGCAAGGGCCAGCUCCGGGGCCAGAGGCAGCUCCAGCUGUAGUUCCACCGUCCGCGCCGGAGCUGGAGGCAGCCUCACCACCGGCAGCCUCACCUCCAGCAGCCUCACCUCCAUCGGCCUCUCCAGGGCCGGAGCGAGGGCCAUCAGCUUCAGCCCCAGUGCCAGCUUCUGAGCUGGAGCAAGAUGCGCCAUUGACUUUUGGACGAACUCUGCCUCCAGCUGCCGAAGUCACCGCAGAAGUGAGCGCCGAGCUGAGAGAGGAGAGGCCUAAGCUGCUGGACUUCCCUCCGAAGCUGGUGGCCGAGCAGCUGACGCGGAUGGAUGCGGAGCUGUUCAAGAAGGUGGAGCCCCGCCACUGCCUGGGUUUUGUGUGGUGCCAGCGGCCCAAUGGGAGCAAGGAGUACCUGGCUCCCACCGUUGGGGCCACUAUCAACCAGUUUCUUCACGUGUCCCGCUGUGUCAUCACGACGUGCCUUGGGGACCUCAGCAUGACGGCCCAGGACAGGGCCAGAGUCGUCGAGCUGUGGAUUCAGGUGGCCAAGGAGUGCCGAGUCCUUGGAAAUUAUGCGUCCCUGCGUGCCAUCGUGUCUGCUCUGCAGAGCCCCUCCAUCAGCCGUCUGCAAAAGACAUGGGGACGAGUUGCCAGGAAGAGCUCUCGAAAAUUGAAGAGGUUCAUCAAAGACCAGUGGGUGAGCAGGAGGCAGCUGGUGAAGGUAAGACGGAGGCUGCGCAUCUGGAAGGAGGGGGAGCGAGAGGGGAGGGGACCCGGCAGGAUGAGCUUUGGUUCUCCUGUCACGUGAAGUUGGUCAGGAAAAGAUGGACAGGAAGAGGGAUGUGCUAGCUCCAUGGGCAGGUGGGGGCAGUUUGGGACAGGAGGCCAGGGGCAUGGGAUAGAAUGGUGCGGGCUGGACUGUUCCAGGAGGCUGAGGACCUGGCAGAAGGUGCCGGUGUCUGGCUUCCAUGCUGCUCCAUCAGCUGCCCUUCAUCUUCCUCCUGGCCACUGGCUGGAGCGAGUGGGCGGGCUUCCUCUCUUCCGAAGGCAGCCCAGUCUGUGCUCAGGAAGCCAGGGCCCCACUGCUCCUUCUGUCUUCACUGUGCCUCGCAAGAAGGGCACCCUGCCUGCCUGAGGGAUGGGCACUGCCGGAUCCCACGGGCCGGGGGCACUCAGGGGCUUCCCAGCCUUGGGACGGACACUGGACCUGGGACAGAUCUGUGUCCCCUCUGUGACUCCCCACUCUGGCCCCUAAAGUGGGCGCUGCAGACAGUCCCAGUGGGAUGCUCACCCAGGUCCUUGUUGGCGAUGACAUGUGCCCCGGAGGGCAAGGGCAAGUGCCCAGGGAACUGACGGCUUCUUCAGGGAUCCUUCCUGCCCAGACGUCAGAAGUUUCCUCGUAAAACAGAAAGCAAAUGCCACCCCGCAGUGCCCUGGUCGCCCCCUCCCCUGCGAGUCAGACGUGGCAUUCGGGGUCCCCAUCCUGAGCGGAUGAAGAAAGAAUUCUGUGCAGGGGAACUCCCUGAGGGGAUCCUAGGGAGCUGAGGGCUUUAGCAAGGCCUUGGCCUCGGCCUGGGAUCAGAGACUCCCGGGGGUUGGGGCUGGCAGAAGCCACUUGACCAGGCCUCCUGAGACACCUCAUCUCCCUCCAUCCAUGGCUCGGCCCAGCUGGGGGCCCGAACACAGCCUGAGACUCCCGAGGACAGCACUGUGGUCAGCGGCUGGGCAGAGGGUGGUGUGAAGGCAGAGGAGACAGGGCCUGUGGCUGGGAGGGGGAGCAGCCUCUCCUCUGGGGCCCCCUGAGCAAGUCCCUGCCCCUCUGUGGGCCUUGGUCUCCUCAUCUGGGAGCCAGAGGGAGAUGAGCCGCGGCGCAGGCCUCACAGUGGGUGACGAGGUUCAAGGGUGGGGAGGAAUGUGGGGAGCUUGGACCUGGCUCCAAAGGCAGGCUUGAGCGGAGAGCAGUGAUGACGGUCAGAUGACGCUUGGGCCUCAGGAGACUGUGGGAGGCAGACAGAGUUCCUCAAACUUUCCGGACGAGGUAACAGGUUCAGGGAGGCCUGGGCGGGCCCAAGGUCACACAGGAGUGAGUGUUGGAGUUGGGAUGGCUCUGGAAUCAGAGCACCCUGGAGGUGGGAGCCGCAGGGGCACCAGGUGACUGGGGCCACAUGUCCAGGGUCCCCGAUCUGGGAGGGGUCUGGGAGGACUCUUGGAGGGCAGCAUCGGCUCACUGGCCCUGUCAACACCCUGGCAGGAGGCGACCUCUAUGUUGACCAGCCUGGAGGCGGGCCCCAUAGGUGCCCAGAAGGUAAGGGUGCCUGUGGAGGAGGGGCCCAGGAGUCGCAGGAGAGGGGACUCCCCUUCCUAUCCGGAGGUCUCUACCAGCAGAGAGGGAGCCUUUCUCCUCCAGCCCUGCUCCUGGUGCCACAGACCUGAAAUGCCUGCAUUGGAAGUGACCAGGAGGAGGCCUGGAACGGAUGGGCGCACAACGGAUUUGGGACAGGGAGGGGCGGGGACCCCGUACCCUGGGUUUAGCCAGAGCCGGCUGCUGGGAGGUGCCUGGAGGAGUUUGGGGUUCCUGGAGGAGAGAAGAGGAGGAAAUUGGGGGGAGGCCGCCUAGGUGGGCAGCUUGGGCUGGGCAGGAGGCUGGGGUGAGGAGUGGAGGAGAGGUCUUUGACGGCUCCUGAGAGCGGGAUCUCAUCACCAUCUCCACCCCGCUGGCACAGGGGCUCGUCCCCUUCCUUGGCACAUUCCUCAAUUACCUGCUGCUGCUGGACACCAACAUGGAGGAUUACCUGGAGGUGAGUGAGCCUGGAGGUGGGGCUGGGGAUCAGGAUUCGGAGAUUUGGGAGGAGAGACUUGCACUGAGGCCUGAGCUCGCAACCCUUGGCAAAGUCCUCUCGUGAGGGCCUCACAGCCACCCCGGGAGCUGGGUGUCAUGCCCAUCUCAGUGAUGAGUGAAUAUAGGAUCCAGGUGAGCCGCCAGUCCAGGCUGCCUGACUGCGGAGCUGCUGGAGGGUGUGUCUGAGCUGGACUCAGCCUCUCCCUCAGGCCCCGCCCCUGCAGGGAGUGAAGCCAGGCCCCUCCAAGGCAGGAAGCACACGAGUGGCUGAGCAUCCCUUGCUGCCCAAGGCCUCAGUCUGUCUGUCUGUCAGAGAGGGCUGUCUUAGAAUGUCCCUGAGCCAUAGCCCCGUGGCCUCCUUGCUCUGGAGCUCAGAGUCUUGCCUGGGACCCAUUCCCGUUUCUGGUAGCGCCUGCUCCCUGGUCGACCCUGCUGGUAGUGCAACCUGAGACAGGGUGGAGAUGGGAGCUAGCUAUGGGCUAAGGGG